GAAAUACAUUAUUAUUUGAACUAGUUUUAUUAAUCCACUUACGACCAUAAGCUUCACUGACUACCCAUUCGUAAGCAAAUGUACCUAUGUUUAAAGUCUACGUUUGCAAGCGUGUCAGCAAUGCGAAAUAUGACUGUUGUGUUGAAUUUGUUGACAGUUGACUGCUCUUUCUGACGUCAUAAAACACGGGCAAAUAAUAACAACACAAUCUCGGGUCAAGCGCCAAGACAUUAAACUGUUGAUGAACAACAUUAAAACGGUUUUCCUGAAGUUCUCAUCAUGAUUCUAGAAUUAACAACAACGCUAACAUUACUAUGGAUCACCUGGUAUUUAAUAUCGACAUACUUGGAAAGAAGAUUAAUGCCACCUGGACCGUUUCCAUUGCCAGUCAUUGGUAAUAUGUUACAACUGGAUAUUAAGUCUGGAAAGCCAUUUCAUAAACUUUAUAAGACCUACGGUGAUAUAAUGACAUUACAAUUACACAAAAGCACUGUGUUUGUGAAUACAGCUUCACUUGCCAGAAAAGCUAAGAUUGAGUAUAGUAACGAUGUUGUAAGCAGAGAAAUAGGUACGCCUCUAUAUAAAGUAGUGGGACCAAAUGACGUUGUCUUUGCCGAAUAUGGAAAAGCAUAUAUGUUCAGAAAAAGAGUAUUCAAAUCAGCAAUGCACGUGUUUGGAGCAGGUAUCAAGGCAGCAGAAGAACGAGGACUUCAUGCAGUAGCAUGUACUUUGGAGCAAAUAAAAACAAUGAAAGAUCAACCAUUCUCUCCAAAAAAUAUUAUUGGAUCCGCCAUUGUAGUUCAACUGUGGCAAUGGCUCACUGCCGAGAAAAUUUCUUUAGAUGAUCCAGUAAUAGUGAAACUCCUCGAGUUUAAUGAUCUCGUUGCAAAAAAAAUCCCGUCUACUUUUUUAAUUCACAGGAUGAUACCAUUUUACUCCUAUCUGCCAAUAAAGCUUUCUAAAUUUGUUAAACGAGGUCAAAAUAUAAAAUUCUCGAUACUUUCACCAGUUUUACAAUCCCAUUUAGAAACUUACACACCUGGUACUAUCCGCAACAUGACUGAUAGUUUUAUUGAAGCAUACAAAAAGGAAGCGGCCAAAGAAAGUAAAAAAGAUAUAGGAUCCAUUAAUGAUAUCAAAGAUUUGAUGAUUGAUGUCACUUUGGCCGGUUCGGACACAACUUCUUCCUCACUAUCGUGGUUUAUAUUGUACAUGACCCUAUAUCCUGAAACUCAACAAAAAAUUCAUGAAGAAAUUGUUCAUGCACUGGGGAGAGACAAAUUACCGAGAAUGGACGACGCCGACAACAUGCCCUAUCUUCAAGCUACCAUUUGUGAAGUGGUACGCAAGACCUCUCCAGUGCCCAGAGCAGGUACAGUGACAAUAAACGAUGUAGAACUUGCAGGAUAUCAUAUUCCAAAAGGAACUACGAUUAUCGUCAACAUUGCUGAAAUUCAUAAAGAUGAGCGAGAAUGGCUGGAACCACAUAAAUUCAAGCCAGAGCGUUUCUUAGACGAAGAUGGGAAAUUUGUUGGAUGGACAAAGUAUCCUGCAUUUAUGCCGUUUGGUUUAGGUCGAAGAGAAUGCGCUGGAAUAUCGUUUGCAAAGAUUAUGUUAUUUACGUUUACUGCAGCAUUACUGCAACAGCUCAAGUUUGAGCUUCCUGAAGGAGCGGAAAGACCUGCAGAAGAUGGACCACACUUGGGAAUUGUUAAUGGUCCAGAGAAUUUCCAAGUUAUCAUGAGAAAAAGGUUUUAAGAAGUUAACUUAUUUCUCAGUGUUGCACAAUGGUAUGAUCUCAUAAAAUUUUUAAAAUAGUUGUAAAUGGCGGAUACAUAUUUACUAUAUACACUUACAUUUGUACGAUGACUGAUGUUACUUCAUAUUAUUGUAAUAAUCAUUUGUAUUUUAAAUUAAGGUGAGAAAGACCUAUAUUAAAAUAGCAAUAAAUCAGUAAAGGCAGUUUACUACAGAGUGUAGAAAAAAGA